GUGGGGAAAAGACAUGUUUUGCGGAGGAAAAGUAAAGUGUGAGUCUGGACCGCACAGUCGUCGCCGACAGCCAGAGGAUGUUGUCCGGAGUUGUUCGAGCCUCCUCAUCCGCAAAAAAUAGGACCAUAAAUCUUUCUCUGGCGGAGUGAAACGUUUUGUUUGGCCUACAAUACCGAAAGGACAGAGGGACAGGAAAAGGAGCCAGAGAAAGAAAAAAUAUUACAAGGAGUGCCUUAGAAGUGAAAAAAGAGGAGCACCACACAACCUGCAGCACUUUGUGAAUAGAGAAGAAGGGAUGAGACCAUUAAAGAAACACAGGGGGCGUUCUCCCCCAUUGACCAGGGGCAGAGGGGCACGGAGGAAAGGGACGUCUCAGCCCCCCCCAGAGAAAGAUAGUAGGAGAGACAGAGUCAGGAGGGAGACACUUGUCAAAAUGCCACAGCAAACCCCCCCAAAUCCCAAUGCUCCCUCCACUCGCCGUCACACCCCACCCACCGCAGCAAGCUCCCAUAAAGAGCCUAUCACAAAUAGCAAUACCCAUACAAGGGAGCAGUCUAAUGAGCUAAGGAAACCUGUGGUGUCAGUAGAGAAGGACAGAAAGCAGAGUGAAGGAAAGACUGAAGAGAGGAAGACAGUGGGGACAAAUGGAAAUAGCACCCCAUCCAGUGAUACCAUAGCUUCUUCUACCUCUACUACAACGCCACUCUCCACAGGCGCUCCCACCCCUGCCACCAACCACAGCCCCAGCCCUGGCUCUGGCUCUGUCUCCAGCAGGAAGACAGCCACCUUCAAGGCUCGUGUCCCGAAGAAGAAAUAUACUUAUGAGCACUUUGCUAGCAGUGCAAACACCCUAACUACCACCCCUACCUCCAGCCCUUCUCUCACAAAUAACAGUUACUACAAUAGCAGUCAAAACAGUGAUAGCAUGAAUAUGACUAAUAGCAAUCUCAGCAGUAGUAACAGCAUUAGUAAUAGCAUUAGUAAGAGCAUUAGUAGUAGCGUCAACAGUAGUGCUGGCACUAACAGUACAAGCAGUAUUAAUAACACUGCUAACAGUACUAACAGUAGUACUAGCGGUUAUAGUAUUAGCAAUAGCAGUAAUAGUAUAAGUAAUAAUAGCUCAGGUAAUCAGCCAUUAACACUAAUUGUGGAUAGUAAAGCUAUAGAGGUGAAUCGUUUUAGCAAUGUCUCCGUUGAGGGCGGGGCUCUUAGGACAGCAGCUCCCCAGGACAGAGAGUCCCAAGCUGGGGAAAAUGAAGCAGAUGGAGCCCCUAACUCAGUACGCUCCUCGUCCACUGAUACAGCCAGUGAGCACUCGGCAGACUUGGAGGCAGUGGAGGCAUCAGGACCAAGCCAGCAUCAAAAGAACUCCCAUAGCCCGGGUCCUGUCCAGAACUCACACCCCAGAGAGGUCAGUCUAUCAGAGGGGCUAGCAGAAGCUUUAGCCAAGGGCCUGAAGAACCAAAGAGUUUUGGCUCGCCAGUUGUGGAGAGUGAAGAGUGGGGUUCAGGCUACAGGGGAGGGAGUGGGCAAGGAGAGAGACUUGGGGUCCUUGUCCCCGUUGUUCAGACCAGGGGUGGUGCGCAGGGUGAGUGGAGGUAUUGUGGAAGUCCAACUCCAAGGAGAGGAGGGCGUCACUCAGUACCCCUUCCAUGGUGCAGCUAUAAUGACAUCGUCAGCAGGGGUAGAGAGCGCUGUAGACUUCAUUUUGGAUGCCCCCCCACCUGGCACUGCUCCUGUGGCUGUAGGAACCCGAGUGUGUGUGCCUUUUGGAGGAGAUGAGGGUGGUCCCGCCGUGUACAGAGAGGGGGUAGUCUCUCAGGUGGACCCCCACCCUGCUGUCUCGUUCCCUUACCGGGUGCUUCUGAAUGAGGACAGAGAGAAUGUGGAAGAUGGGGGAGGGAUGGGGGAGGAGGAGAGGAGGAAAGCUAAGGCCCAGGCUGUGUGGGUUUCCCGACCAAGCCUGAGACUGCUCACCCCUCCCUGGGAGGUCCCACAUUUAGAUGGAAGCGGGACCAGGGAAAGAGAGCGGGAGAGGGAAAGGGAAGAGAGAGAGCGGAGGGAGGAGAUGGAGGUGGAAAGGGAGGUGUGUCAGUUAAGUAUUGGGAUGGGGGUGCUGGGAGGGGGAGCCAGGUUGGGCCAUGGCUUUUCCCACCAAGGGGUCGUUGCUGGGCAUCCCUAUGGAAACGUGCAUGCACCUUCCCACUCCUCCACUGCGACUUCUGGUGUUAUGGCCAGUGCAGUCCAUGGCUGCGGUGAUAACUGUCCAGACAGAGAGAGGGAAAGAGAGAGACAGAAACAGCCCAACACUCCAGAGGAAGACAUGGAAGUGUCUCGGUUUAAUAUGGGCCUCUCUGGUGGUCCCAAGUCUGAUUCCGGGGCCCUCCAGCACAGACACAUCCUCUCCAAGUCCACUGGCUACCCUCCUUCCUCCCCUCAUCUCUCUGUGGUGCGGGCCCUGGGACCUCCACACCUCUCUACACUAACUAGCCCCCAGCCAUCCCCCUCUCCUGCCUUACUGGGGCCUGAGAUGAACAUUACCACCCCAAACCUACCUCCAUCCAAGACCACUCCCACCCAGACCCCUACUCCCACUUCAGGAGGGGGGUCCUCCUCUACCUCCUCUUCUCGCUCCCGGACCCCCCUGUCUCUGGCUCAGCAGAAGUACAAGAAGGGAGACGUGGUUUGCACCCCGAAUGGGAUUCGUAAGAAAUUUAACGGUAAGCAGUGGAGAAGGCUGUGCUCCAGGGAGGGCUGCAUGAAGGAGUCUCAGCGUCGAGGAUACUGCUCCAGACACCUGUCCAUGCGGACCAAAGAGAUGGAAGCAGCGGGGGGAGAGAGGGGAGGAGGAGGGAGUAGCUCAGGGACAGUCACUCCCUCUGACCUGCGGGGGAGAGCGAGUAGUGAGUUUGACUGGGACGACACAUCGAGAGAGAGCAGUGAGGCCAGCAGCAGAGGAGACUCCAGACCCCGCCUGGUCCUCCCCUCUCUGCUCCCCCACGAGCUGUCAUCACGCUUUGACUUUGAUGAGUGUGAGGCCGCCACUAUGCUGGUGUCGUUAGGGAGUUCUCGUUCUGGCACCCCCUCAUUUUCUCCCAUCUCCAACCAGUCGCCCUUCUCCCCUGCCCCCUCUCCCUCACCCUCCCCACUGUUUGGCUUCCGGCCAGCAAACUUCUCCCCCAUCACUGCCUCCCCGGUCCUCUCACACCGGAGGCAUAGGCAACCCAGUGGGACUGGAGGUGGGGGAGGGGGAGGGGGCAGCAAGACAACAACUCCAGGUGCGGGAGGAGAGAGGGAGAGGCACACUUCAAGCAUCCAGCCCUCCUUCCACACCAACCUGACGUUUACAGUCCCCAUGAGCCCCAGCAAACGAAAGUCAGACGUGCCUCCUCCCCCGCCCCCUCCCUCACACCACCACGAUUAUACACCCAAAACAGAGCUGGAGCAGGCGGACCUCAACAACUCUUUCAGGGUGCUAUCCCCCCAGACGCCGACCUCACUUACCCUAACCCGCACGCACACUCCCACCUUCUCCCGUCCCAGAGGAAUGACCACCCCUUCCUCCAGCAGGCCCCCCUCCUCCACUGCCACCUCCCCCCCUCCUCUGCUGGUGUCUCCAACUCCCCCCUCUCCUCUCACUCCCGAUGGAGGGCCUCGCCGUGUGGUCCCUGUAACCCAGCAGGCCUUGCGGGACUCCCCUGUCAUUGUGAGGAACCCUGAAGUCCCACUGGCAAAGUUUACUGAGUGUCCCCUGGGGAGAGGAGGGGGAGAUGGAAACGGGGGUGGGACAAAUAACUCCGGUUCUAAAGACCCCAGCCUCGCCCCCCUCACACCUCAGCCAAUUUCUGGCCUUCAGGUUCCCGUCCCCAUUAACGCUGCUGCAGCCACAGUAACCAACGGCACCGUCCUCCUGCGGAGCCCAGCCCCAACUCUGGUGCUGGUGUCCCCUACGCCACCCUCCCUGCCCGCUGCUGGCACCCCUGCCAACCCCCUACAGACGCUGUCAGUAACGGUUAGCACAACAAUCACAGCUCCCACCCCCAACAGCACGGCAAGCCCCAGGGAGCGAGAGGGGGACAGGGGGACAGGAUUUGGGGGUGAGGUCCAGCAGCCAGUUCCCUGUCACCCUUCUCCUACUGCGCUGCUACCCCUCAUCCUGCCAGCUGAAAGCUUACACCCGACACCACGCAAGGAUAUCAUCAUGGGACGCCCUGGUACAGUGUGGACCAAUGUGGAGCCCCGGUCAGUUCCAGUGUUCCCCUGGCAUUCGUUGGUCCCUUUCCUGGCACCCACCCAAUCAGAUGCUUCGUCUCAGCCAGGAGAGGGCCACCAACCAAUCAACCACCCCCAAGCAGCCAGCCUGAAGUCAGAGUGUCAGGGGGUGGCAGCGCUGCCACAGGAGCCUGCGGAGGCACCUCCCACUGUGGAGAGGGGACCUCCAUCCCGGCCUCCCCCCUCCUCUGAUGAGCCACCCCCUGAGAAGGAAAAAGGAGAUGGAGAGAGAGAGAGGCCUGACAGUGAGACAGAGAGUGAUGUGGAUGACCCGUUCCUCCCAGGAGUGUUACCUGACCAGCCCCUCUCUACAUCACCAGUGAAGAGACGCACUCAAUCCCUCAGUGCGCUGCCCAAAGACGGAGACAAGAACAGCCCUGGGAAGAGGGAGAAGGACCAUAUUCGCCGGCCAAUGAAUGCAUUUAUGAUCUUCAGUAAGCGCCACCGGGCAUUGGUGCACCAGCGGCACCCAAACCAGGAUAACCGGACAGUCAGCAAGAUCCUGGGGGAAUGGUGGUAUGCCCUGGGACCUAAGGAGAAACAAAAGUACCAUGACCUGGCCUUCCAGGUGAAGGAGGCCCACUUCAAGGCCCAUCCAGACUGGAAGUGGUGCAACAAAGACAGGAAAAAGUCCAGCUCUGAAGGCCGCGGGGUCCCGGGAGGCAAAGAUAUCCGAGAGAGAAGCAUGUCUGAGACCACUGAGCCCCAUUCUGUAGAGCUGAAGGGGGUUGGUCCAGGUCUGGUGGGAGUGUCUGAGCGGAGUACAGGGGAGGGUCAUGUGGGCCAGCUUACCCGUCCCCGAGCCUUCUCUCAAAGUGCCAUGCACAGCCUCGAGCGGACUGAGAGGGGCAACACACAGGCCCUGGCAGAAUUGGCACAGAUGUGUGGGGAUGGAGGUGCUCAGUUUUCCGGUCGUGGCCCGCCUUUGUCACAGUCCCAGCGUGGGGUCAGCGAGGACAUGACCAGCGAUGAGGAGCGCAUGGUCAUCUGUGAGGAGGAGGGAGAUGAUGAUGUCAUUGAGGACCCUUAUCCCAGCAGCUCCAUAGACCUCAAGUGUAAAGAGAGAGUGACCGACAGCGAUAGUGAGAAUGGCUCUGGUGACGAAAGUGAUCACAAGAGAGUUUUUGCUCCAGUUAUCUGCUCCACCGCAUCAUCUUCCUCUCACCCCACUCCUCACAGUCGAAGUGUCUCUCUCACCUCCUACCCCACCAACAAGCGUUACGAUGAUGGGAGAUCAGGAGGGGGAGGGUUUUCAGACCGAAGGAGAAAGGGAGGAGGAGAGGGGGAGGGUAAAGACGCAUUUGGGGGAGAGGGAGGAGGAGUGCCAGCUCACUCUCUCUCACUCUCGUCUAGCCAGUCGGUCAUCUCCAGUUCUCCAGCUGGAGGGCCUGCCUCCUCUGCAGUGGGUCCUUUGGGUCUGAACCCACUCCUGGGUAUGGGGGCUGUCAGGGUCGCUUCCACAAUGGUAACCAAUGUGGUGCGUCCUGUUAUCAGCACUCCAGUCCCAAUCGCCAGCAAACCCCGCGAUGGAGGCACGUCGUCCAGCCCACAUCCACCAGACAGGAAGUCCUUGACCCCACAGCAGCAGCCACAACUUCUGAUUGGCUCAGGACCUGGAAGCGGGCCAACAGCCACAGGGGGUGGGUACUAUUCCUCCUCAUCACCUAAUCCUGUAGGCGCUGGGGUGGGCCCAGGUGGAGUAGUGACCAAUUUGGUGUUAGGAGGGGCAUUCCCUGCCCAGCCCGCUGUACAGCUCAUCACCCCCUCUCCUCAGCCUCAGUCCUCCCAGCAGCAGGCCCCUCCUACCACCCCUGUGUCAGUCCCACACAGCCAAACCAACGGGCCAUUGCCUGUACCCCUGCUUCAGCCCCAGUUCCUUCCUGCCCCCUCCCUGGCACCCCCUGGGGGGAAGGCCAUCACACAGGUACAAUACAUCCUGCCCACCCUACCUGCCAGCACCAACCCCAAGAGCCCCCCUCAGCAGCUCAGCCAGCCAACCAGUAUCUUCAACCUGCCCACAGCUCCACCCACACAUGUUUCCUUGGCCAAUGGAAAACAGCAAGCUUCAAGUUCCCUGACAGGGUAUACCUCCAGUCCAGCGGUGGGUGUGGUCAGCCCAGGGGGCAGAGUGCAAACACAGUCUCCGGUGCUCCAGGGUAAAAUGCUGGUUCCCAUGGCAACAGUGCGGACUGCGCCAGCCCCUGCCCAGCAGUUUCCCAUCGUGGCUCCCCCUCUUCCUGUACAAAACGGUGCACAGGCAGGAAGCAAGAUCAUACAGAUAGCUCCCAUGCCUGUUGUCCAGUCCCAGCUUCCUCAGGGUGGAGCAGUGCACCCUGCCAGCCCCUUCCCAGUAACAGUGGGAACAGCUGCUGUUGUGGCUCCAGGGUCAGCCCCCUCCCAGGCUGUUCUACUGCCACCAGCACCUGCCAGGAUCACCUAUGUCCAGUCCACUCCAGGGGUCCCAUCCACUGUGCCUCUGGUCUCCACGACAACAGGCUCUUCCCCCACCCAGCAAGCUCUGCCAGUGCCAGGAUCUGCAUAUGUUCAAUCGCCCCUAGCAACACUAGGCUUUACAGCCAUCGCGCCCCCUGGACAGACUCUGGUACAGCCGCUGAUUACAGGUCAGCCACCUUUACUCGCCACUGCCCAGUCCCCACAGCCCUCGACCCCAGCCCCUGCCUCCUGCACUGGGGGCCAGAUAGUCACCGCCAUCUACCCUCCUUCUCCCAGUGUCACCAUGGCAACAGGGGUGGUCUCCAUGACAGCAGUGCCCCCCAGUGUUGUCUACUCUGUCUCCAGCCCUUCCAGUGUUUCCCCCCACAGUCUGCCCAAACACACAGCAGCCUCCAGUAGUAUUGCACACACACAUCCACAGCCUCACCUGGACAGACAGGCAGACAGGCACUUGUCUCAGGACAGGCCUGCAGAUCGACAGGCUGACCGGCAGACUGACAGGCAGACAGAGCUUCUGACACCUCAGGAUAGACAUUUGGAGAGGCAGACUCAGGUGUCCAGCACUAGCAGCUCAGUGGCACCUCCCAGUGGCUCAGCUGUUUCAAUACGGCCCUGUAGUCCCCCUCUACCAAUCCACACAUCUGGCAGUGCACCAGGCACCCCCAAACUCCCGCAGCUUCCCGUCAGGACCCCCCAGAAAGUGAAGGCAACAGUGGCUAACAUUCCUGUGGGAAGCUAUGAAGGAGGAGGUCGAGGAAAGGAGAGGGACAGAGAGAGAGAGAGGGAGAGGGACAGGGAGAGGGAGCGAGAGAGGGAAAAGGAAAGGGAGAGAGAAUCUGCACCCAACAGUCGUUUCUCCUUUGAGCCUGAUCCGGCAGGGCAGAUAGGGUCUCCCUCUACACAUCUUGCUGAGGAGCCGCCCUCCUGCGACAGGCCCCCAGAGGGUUCUAGCACAGCAGAGUCAUCUGACACACGCAGCAGGGACAUUACCACCAAAGAGGGUGGAUGGAAGGAGACCCUUCCCUCCUCUCCUCUGCCCCCUCUGUCAGCUACUGAACCCACUCUACCGCCACCCCAGACUGAUAAAGAUGGUCCUCCGCCCAAAAAGGUCAAGGCCCGCCCACCACCACUGAAGAAGACCUUCGACUCUGUGGACAAGUUUGGCAGGGUGCUGUCAGAGGUGUAUUUUGAGGAGCGCUUUGCAGAGCUGCCAGAGUUCCGGCCUGAGGAGGUUCUGCCUUCGCCCACCCUACAGAGCUUGGCCACCUCUCCCCGUGCUAUCUUGGGCAGCUACCGUCGCAAGAGGAAGAACUCUACAGACUUGGACUCAUCAACAGAGGACCCAGUCUCUCCUAAGAGGAAAAGCAGGCGGCGCUCCAGCUGCAGCUCUGAGCCCAACACACCUAAGAGUGCUGCCAAGUGUGAGGGAGACAUCUUCACCUUCGACAGAGCAGGCACAGAUGGAGAAGACAUCCUGGGUGAACUGGAGUUUGAUAAGGUGCCGUACUCGUCCCUACGACGAACUCUAGACCAGAGGAGAGCGCUGGUCAUGCAGCUGUUCCAGGAGAACGGCUUCUUCCCAUCAGCCCAGGCCACUGCAGCCUUCCAGACACGAUACUCGGACAUCUUUCCCACCAAGGUGUGUUUGCAGCUGAAGAUCAGGGAGGUCCGACAGAAGAUCAUGCAGACAGCUGCCCCGUCUGAGGCCUUGGGUGUGGGGUGCUCUGACUCCACCUCUUCCCUCCCCGGACCGUCCAGCUCCCAGUCAGGAGAAGGAUCUGGGAGAGGAGGCGGGGAGACACAAGGCGACGAGGUAGAGCGGGAGGCAGAACCGAGCCCAGAGGAGCCUCGUGAUUCACAGGACUCUUCUAGAUGAGGGAUGCUCAUGAAUUAGAUUGACCAAUCAGUGACUGUUGUGACACAUCUCUGCCCCCUCCCCUCUGCCUCAGAAUUAAAGAGGCCACACUCUUUACAUCUCCUCUGGUCUAAUCCUGAUUUGAGUCCAUCUUGAACGGCCAACUUUAGAGAGUGAGUGACAAAGAGGGAGUAUGGAUGCAGUGUUGGGGCAUUGUUGUCUUUAAAAUGUGUAAUUCCCUUGUACCAAAAAAAGACAUGAGAAACACCGGUGGCACAAGAAAUACCACAUCACACCUCCACAACACACACACCUUGCAGAAUCCAGUUCCCACACUUGAAUUAGCACUCUGUUUGUAUGAACAACCUUGGAUAAAGCUUCCAUUUAUGCCAGUGAACGAUGGACCAUUGUAUUCACCUGCACUCAUUUGUUGUGAAGAAAGGGUUCGCAUUUUAGAUGGAGAGACUUGAAAAACCCAUUCUGACAGUGGAAAAGUCAGUAAUUGUCAAACUCUCACAUGAACUUUUUAUGGGGUUUUUUUGUUGUUGUUGUUGUUUUUUUUUAACUAACGGUUAUAGAAAUAAAAGCAGUUAGUUGCUGCUUGAGAAACAACCCUUAUGUACACUUAUCUGGCAUUUGCUUUUUUUUUGUUUGUUUGUUUGUUUUGUUGUUGUUUUCUGCUGGACUUUAGGGGGCUGGGCCCUCACCAGCUGGAAACUAUUUGAUUGGAUGGAGAACCCAUUGCUAUGGAGUUGGAUCAGAAAGAUCCUUUUACUGGUUCCGUUUUCCCUCUUUAUUGCUCAAAUGUAGACUCUCGGUGGAGGUCUCUGUGGACUGACUGAAUGAUUGACUGAAACUUAAGUGGACUUUUGGCAGUGCCAUCAUUCCUGCAAAUAUCUUUCUGGCCAAAUCCUCUCUUCCCAUGAUUGACCAUAGCAGAUGCCAGUAGGUAGGAACCAAGCAUUCCUGUGCCUCUCAUUCGCUAGCCAUGAAGGAAGGAGGUGAGCCAGAGUCAGUGGGCACAUCCUGGCUCUUUGUUGGACUGAAUUGUAUUAGUUUCCUCAACCAUGUUAGUUUUUUGCAUUUUUUUUUCUGUGUCUGGGGGGGGAGUUACUUGAGUCAUGUAAGCAAAGGAGGUCAGGCUGACUUGGCCUUAAUCCUCUAUUGUCAAGCAGUUUUAUUAACCUUUUUUUAAAAGAACAGUUUGAUUUUUAUUCAACAUUUUCAUUAUUCAGUUCAUUGAUAUUGUACUAUUCUUAUUACUAUUAUUCCUCAUAUUAUUGUAGUGAACCCUGGUCCUCCUAUUCCUUAAUGCUGGCAAUGUUCCUUUUACUUCUGCCAAUUGCUUAUUUCUCACGCUAGUUUCUUCUUUUUUUCACAAUUUUGGAGGCAGGGUCAGGGCGUGUGAGAUGUCACUCCACACCUGUACAAAUCCUCCAUUGUAGUCUUCCCUUUGAUUGCCCUCACCUCAGCAAGGACCUGCGGUGCACUUUUUUUAAUUAUUCAUUUUAAAGAGGAAAGCAAAACAUGGACCUUUAUAUUCUUUCAAGAGUAAUAAGCAGUAUGUUUUUAGACAGCCCUGUAUCCCUCUCUCACUCCCCCACUACUAAGUUUGAUUCUAUAGCCUCAACACUUGUAUUUCUCCUUCCUCCACCUCUUUUCCUUCCCUCCUUCCUCCCUUUGUCACUUUAUUGCUCUCUCCAGAAUUCCUUUUUGGAUGGGUGGAGAGAAAACUAGGGGGAAGUGAGGGGAGGGUAAUUAAUCAAAGAGAGUUGGUAGGAUAUAUUGGUUGUGUCUUUGUGCAAGACUUGGUUGUGUUGUACAUAAUUACUGUAGAGUCAGUAGACUCGUUAUAUUAUUGAUAAGGAAAAAUCUGUCAUUGAACUUAAGUUGACUUUUAAAGACGCCCAUUACCGAAGGUAAACAAAUGAAAUGGAAAAACAGUAAUAAAUAUGACUAUUAAUGUUUUUGUGUUAUACUCCUUGUUUUGCUGUUGCAGUAUGCAAGAGAGGAAUUUAUAUGAAUAAUUUAAGUUUGUAUCUGUAUCUUUAAGUAUACAAAUAAAAAUAGGUGUUCAGUUUAAAA